UUAGAGAGUAAAUGUUACACAUACUGUGCAUUUGCCAUAGAUUUGACUGUUGACAGGAUAUAAUACAGAGAACGUAUGACUUACGCAGUUGUUACGAUUUUUUUAACGCAAUGAAGUGGUUGGUUUUUACUGUGUUCCUGUUUUGUCAUUUUCAUGGCAAUUCAGCAGAUGAUCCUGAAAUUAACAUGAAUGUGUCUCAAAUCAUUCGACACUGGGGCUAUCCUGUUGAAGAAUAUGACGUCACCACUUCAGAUGGCUAUAUCUUAACCAUUCAGCGCAUUCCUCACGGACGUAACGAGAAAAGGUCAGCUGGCAAACGUCCUGUUGUGUUCCUGCAACAUGGCCUCUUGGGUUCAUCAAGUCAGUGGAUCACGAAUCUUCCAAAUCAAGCUCUUGGUUUUGUAUUAGCGGAUCGUGGUUUUGACGUUUGGCUGGGAAACUCAAGAGGGAAUGUUUAUGGUUUGAGAAAUACACGAUACACAACAAACACUGAUGAAUUCUGGGAUUUUAGUUUCGAUGAAUUUGCCAAGUAUGAUUUGCCUGCUUCGCUUGAGUUUGCUUUGAAUUGUUCCCGAGUUUCACGUCUUUCUUACAUCGGCCAUUCUCAAGGUACAACCUUGGCGUUCGCAGCGUUUUCACAAAAUCAAACACUUGCAUCAAAAGUCAUUAUUUUCAUUGCUCUUGCUCCGGUGGUAAGCGUUGCCAAUAUGAAGAGUCCAAUUAAAUAUUUUUCAUACUUAAGUGGUGGAAUCCAGUGGCUGUCUUGGCUUUUUGGAGUUCGUGAUUUCCUACCAUCAUCAUUUGUCACUCGUUCAUUGGCUCGUUAUGUCUGUGAAGAUGACCUUGGCAGUGAAUGGUGCACAAAUAUCAUGUUUGUUCUUUGUGGUUAUGAUAAAGCUCAACUUAACGAGACGCGCUUACCAGUCUACUUAGCUCAUACCCCCGCAGGAACAUCCGUCAAAGAUGUCGCACAUUUUGCACAGAUGUACCGCUCAGGUAAAUUUCAAAUGUAUGACUAUGGGUGGCGUUACAAAAACCGUCUUCGUUAUGGUCAGUCCACACCAAUUGAGUACGAUGUUUCAAAUAUUCGAGUACCUGUGGCGUUGUUUUCGGCGCAAAAUGAUCGGCUGGCGACACCACAAGAUGUAGCGUUACUGGUGCCUAAACUUAACAAGACUUUGGUGUAUCAAAAGAAAAUCAAAUCAUGGGAUCAUCUCGACUUUAUAUGGGGAAUGGACGCGGAACGAUUGAUUUACAAAGAUAUUCAACAUUUGUUAAAAAAGUAUCACCAUCGUAGCGUUUGAAUAAUUGCAUGUGUCAUAUUCACUUUCAACUUAAAAAAUACUCUUUGUCACUUUACUUUGAGUUUUUUUAAGAAAAUAAAUACGUCAUGACAACAAAGCAAA